CAUGAAGAACUCAUGGAGAUGGAAAAAGAGAUGGCAGAAAUGCAAGAGUCUGCCAAAAUCUUCGAUGUCCAGCUGCCAGACUUUAAACAGCUCAAAGUCUGCCGUUCUGAGCUCCGCCUGUUGAAGAUUCUGUGGGAUUAUGUGAUAAUGGUCAGGAUGAUGUUUGAAUUCUGGAACAACAUUCUCUGGGCUGAGAUUGAUGUGGAACAGGUGAGUCAUAACACAGGAAUAUCAAUGGGAAAUCUGCAAAUGUUUUUCCAAGUUGGAAGCAAACAACCAUCAUGGUAUAUCAAAAACAAAAAAGUUUUUUUAACAAUUCCUGACUCUUUGACAAGAACUGACUGAAUUAUUCAUACUUGCAAUUGUUUUUCUUCCUUAUAACCAUGAAAGAUGGAUGUAGACUGUAAAAAACUCUCGAAAGAGAUCCGAACCCUUGACAAGGAAAUGAGGUCAUGGGAUGUGUACCUGGGGCUGGAGAAUGAUCUGAAGAACAUGAUUACAUCACUGAGGGCCGUGGGAGAGCUACAGAAUCCAGCCAUCAGAGACAGGCACUGGGAUGAACUGAUGUCAGCAACACAAGUGAGUCUUUAGUGACUCAGUCAGCUUUAUAAUCCAAUAGUUGGGCAUGGCAAAAAGUAGGGUUGCUGAAAUGUUUGAAUCAAACUAUUGCUUUAGUUUGUGUAACUCUUGAUGAUAGCAAAUCUUUACAUUAAUCAUACCUCAUUAGUUCUAAUUAUGGCAAACCCAGGCAAUUUACACGAAAUCAACUAAAAAUAAAUAUGAAAAGCUAAAGAACAAACCCUUCUUAGAAAUACAAAUUAGUAAUACUCUAUAGUAUACAUUUGAGUAUAUUUAUCACAGUUUCUUAAUAUGGUUUUAUUUACCUCUCCAUUGAUGAGAGGUGCUUUUCACUGAGGUUAAUUUUUAUUGUUGGUAAUCAGGACUAGUGGUACCUUUACACACAGCUGCAAUAAGUACUCAGUUGUCUCAGAAUUUAUAAAAAAACAUUCAAGAAAGUUAACAAAAGCUUCUAAUGGUGUAACUGGGAUCCUAUUGCAGACAAAAUAUAGUCCUCAUUGGUGAUCAAUUCAAAGUCUAUAUCAUUUUAUUUCAUCAUAGAGUUUUUAACAUUGUUGCAUCAUUUCUGUAAAAAGGUGAAGUUUUUGCAAAGGUUUGACGUAAGUGUAAAAUUGGUUGCAAAAUUAUUUAAAUGUUACUACUGCUGAUAUUGUUCCUUAUUUUGACAUCAAAUGUAUUUAAGGUUACUUUUGCAAUGGACAAAGACACAACAAUGUAUGACUUGCUGAAGCUAAAUCUACACCAGUUUGAGGAAGAUGUGCAUGGUAUUGUGGACAAAGCUGUGAAAGAGACCAGCAUGGAGAAAACACUUCGGGAAUUCGGGGUGACAUGGGCAAAUAUGGCCUUUAUUCACACUGAGCAUCCCAGGACAAAGACAACUUUACUGACUGCAGAGGAGGAGGUCAUCGAAACAUUAGAAGAC